GUGUGUGUUCGUUCAGCGACCUGGGGACUGUUCCCAUGGGGGCGGGGCCGAGCUCGUUUGAGGCAUUCUCAUCCGGGCAUUCACCAGAUGCCUCAACCGCCAUCUUUGUUUUGUGCUGAAAGUCGCUAUUGACGCCCGUGGACGGCCGGGCGAGGGGAAGUGGCAAGAUGGCGGCUCCCAGGGCGGAGGCGUGAGGGCGCAACGGGGGGAUUGGGCCGCGGGGCUGGGCGCGCCUGCGCCUGACCCGAGAGCUGCCUGAGUCCAAGCUUAGCGCGCGGCGGACCUGGACCCUCGCCGCGGGGAAGCGCGGGGGUCCUUUAAGAGGCCUCCGCUCACGGAGAAGCCGUGCGAGGGCGGGAGUGGUAAUGGGGAGGGGGGGAGACAGUGACGUCGCCCGACUCCGCCCCCUCGCCCGACCGCCGCUGCCGCCAUGUUUAGUUGUUACUUCUUCACACAAGAUGGCGGCUCCCAGGGAGGAGGCAUGAGCGCCCUGCCGUUACCGCUUCUCCUGCCGUACAGUUGCCACUUCGGGGCCUAACUCUGGCUCUUUGGAGCGGCUCCUGUGGGAAGGAGUCAUAAGGAGGGAAGCGAGGAUCGGACGCUGCCUCGCCUUUGGUUUGCAGUGGAAGAACUGACCCAGGAGGAAGAGAAUAGGGGGGAAGGGGGAGUUAGUCUCAAGAUGGCGGCUCCCAGGGCGGCAGGCGCAGUCUGAGCAGCAGAGGCGGACUCGGGAGAGAGGUUCGAGACCCCACGAGCUGUACGGCGCGAGUCUCCGAGCAGCCCCCGAGAGUUCGAGUUCGUUCCACUGGCCUCCGGCGCGCCUCUGUCCCUUAGGAGUGUCGAGGCUGUUUCGGGAGCGGCGGCUGCACUAAGCGCUGGGCGGGGAAGCGGGACGGUCUCAAGAUGGCGGCUCCCACAAUUGUGGUGUGAGCGCCGGCGGGGCUGGGACAACCGCGGUGCUUGUGGCUCCUUUCCACCCGCCCCGGAAGCCGGCCAGUGCAGGGGACUUGGGGGGUGUGGGAACCGGGCCGGGGCUCCGCCAUUUCCGGCGGGGGAGGGCUACGACUGAGGAAGGGAGGAGAGAGAGGCGGCUCAAGAUGGCGGCUCCCAGGGUCUCCCGCCCGAGCUUGUAAGCGGGAGCGCCCGAGCGAGUAGUCAGGGCGGCGGGACUUGGCGGCCUCCAGCUUCUCGGGGCUAGGCGCUCGAAAGUUCCAGGAGGCUCUUGAAGAGACGGGGUGAGCUAGAAGAAGGGGAAGAGCCGAAGGGAAGGAGGGUAGUUAAGAUGGCGGCCUCCAUGGAGCCGUCCACCGCUGUGUGAGGAACCGCUUCCCCGUGAGAGCUACCUUAGACGAAAGGGGGUGUGUGUAAGAGGAGUUGGGGGCCUCCCUUCCCGCUUGGUGACUUUUUCCCACUGCGGCCUUUUCGGGAACUAUGGCUUCGGCCGUGUCGCCCGCCAACUCGCCAGCGGUGCUCCUGCAGCCUCGCUGGAAGCGAGUGGUGGGCUGGUCGGGUCCAGUGCCCCGGCCCCGCCACGGCCACCGAGCCGUGGCUAUCAAGGAACUCAUCGUGGUGUUUGGCGGCGGCAACGAGGGGAUAGUAGACGAACUGCACGUGUACAACACGGCAACUAACCAGUGGUUCAUCCCAGCUGUGAGAGGGGACAUUCCCCCCGGGUGUGCAGCCUAUGGCUUCGUGUGUGACGGGACUCGCCUGCUGGUGUUUGGCGGGAUGGUGGAGUAUGGGAAAUACAGCAACGACCUCUAUGAGCUCCAGGCAAGCCGGUGGGAAUGGAAGAGACUCAAAGCAAAGACGCCCAAAAAUGGGCCCCCUCCAUGUCCUCGGCUUGGGCACAGCUUCUCCCUUGUGGGCAACAAAUGCUACCUGUUUGGGGGUCUGGCCAACGAUAGCGAGGACCCCAAGAAUAACAUUCCAAGGUACCUGAAUGACUUAUACAUCCUGGAAUUGCGGCCGGGCUCCGGAGUGGUAGCCUGGGACAUCCCCAUCACUUACGGCGUCCUGCCUCCACCCCGGGAGUCACAUACUGCUGUGGUCUACACUGAGAAAGACAAUAAGAAGUCCAAGCUGGUGAUCUAUGGAGGGAUGAGUGGCUGCAGACUGGGGGACCUCUGGACCCUGGACAUUGAGACUCUGACAUGGAAUAAGCCCAGUCUCAGCGGGGUGGCACCUCUUCCUCGAAGUCUUCACUCAGCCACGACCAUAGGAAACAAAAUGUACGUGUUUGGUGGCUGGGUGCCUCUCGUCAUGGAUGACGUCAAAGUGGCCACACACGAGAAGGAGUGGAAGUGUACCAACACACUGGCUUGUCUCAACCUGGAUACCAUGGCCUGGGAGACCAUCCUGAUGGACACGCUGGAGGACAAUAUUCCUCGGGCCCGAGCUGGCCACUGCGCCGUGGCCAUCAAUACCCGCCUAUACAUAUGGAGUGGGCGUGAUGGCUACCGAAAGGCCUGGAACAACCAGGUCUGCUGCAAGGACCUCUGGUACCUGGAGACAGAAAAGCCACCACCCCCGGCCCGGGUACAGCUGGUACGAGCCAACACCAACUCCCUGGAGGUGAGCUGGGGGGCAGUGGCGACAGCCGACAGUUACCUUCUGCAGCUCCAGAAAUAUGACAUUCCUGCCACGGCUGCUACUGCCACCUCCCCCACACCCAAUCCAGUCCCGUCUGUGCCUGCCAACCCUCCCAAGAGCCCUGCCCCAGCAGCAGCCGCACCUGCUGUGCAGCCGCUGACCCAAGUAGGCAUCACGCUCCUGCCCCAGGCUGCCACUGCACCCCCGACCACCACCACCAUCCAGGUUUUGCCGACUGUGCCUGGCAGCUCGAUUUCCGUGCCCACUGCAGCCAGGACUCAAGGUGUUCCCGCUGUUCUCAAAGUCACCGGUCCUCAGGCGACAACAGGAACCCCAUUGGUCACCAUGCGACCUGCCAGCCAGGCUGGGAAAGCCCCUGUCACCGUGACCUCCCUUCCUGCAGGCGUGCGAAUGGUUGUGCCAACGCAGAGUGCCCAGGGGACGGUGAUUGGCAGCAGCCCACAGAUGAGCGGCAUGGCCGCCCUGGCAGCCGCAGCUGCCGCCACACAGAAGAUCCCUCCUUCCUCGGCGCCCACGGUGCUGAGUGUCCCAGCAGGCACCACCAUCGUCAAAACCGUGGCCGUGACACCUGGUACCACCACCCUCCCAGCUACUGUAAAGGUGGCCUCCUCGCCAGUCAUGGUGAGCAACCCAGCCACUCGAAUGCUGAAGACUGCAGCCGCCCAGGUGGGGACGUCAGUCUCCUCUGCUGCCAACACAUCCACCCGCCCCAUCAUCACAGUCCACAAGUCCGGGACUGUGACAGUGGCCCAGCAAGCCCAGGUGGUGACCACGGUGGUGGGUGGAGUCACCAAGACCAUCACCCUGGUGAAGAGCCCCAUCUCUGUCCCAGGAGGCAGUGCUCUGAUUUCCAACCUGGGCAAAGUGAUGUCAGUGGUUCAGACCAAACCGGUUCAGACUUCGGCAGUCACAGGCCAGGCAUCUACGGGCCCAGUGACUCAGAUUAUCCAGACCAAAGGGCCCCUACCGGCCGGGACCAUCCUGAAGCUAGUGACCUCAGCAGAUGGCAAACCCACCACCAUCAUCACUACCACGCAGGCCAGCGGGGCUGGGACUAAGCCCACCAUCCUGGGCAUCAGCAGCGUGUCCCCGAGCACCACCAAGCCUGGCACAACCACCAUCAUCAAGACCAUCCCUAUGUCGGCCAUCAUCACGCAGGCUGGUGCCACAGGCGUGAGCAGCAGUCCUGGCAUCAAGUCCCCCAUCACCAUUAUCACCACCAAGGUGAUGACUUCAGGAACUGGAGCACCUGCCAAAAUCAUUACAGCUGUCCCUAAAAUCGCCACUGGCCACGGGCAGCAAGGAGUGACUCAGGUGGUGCUAAAGGGGGCCCCUGGACAGCCGGGCACCAUCCUCCGCACCGUGCCCAUGGGGGGUGUCCGCCUGGUCACUCCUGUCACUGUCUCUGCCGUCAAGCCAGCUGUCACCACGUUGGUUGUGAAGGGCACCACAGGCGUCACAACCCUUGGCACAGUGACAGGCACCGUUUCCACCAGCCUUGCUGGAGCUGGGGGCCACAGUACCAGUGCCUCCCUGGCCACACCCAUCACCACCUUGGGCACCAUCGCCACCCUCUCAAGCCAAGUGAUCAACCCCACUGCCAUCACCGUGUCGGCUGCACAGACCACGCUGACGGCGGCUGGCGGGCUCACCACCCCCACCAUCACCAUGCAGCCUGUCUCCCAGCCUACCCAGGUGACUCUCAUCACGGCACCCAGUGGCGUCGAGGCCCAGCCUGUGCAUGACCUCCCCGUGUCCAUUCUGGCCUCGCCUACUACAGAGCAGCCCACGGCCACAGUCACCAUUGCUGACUCGGGCCAGGGUGAGGUGCAGCCGGGCACCGUGACGCUGGUGUGCUCCAACCCACCCUGUGAGACGCACGAGACGGGCACCACCAACACGGCCACCACCACUCUUGUGGCUAACCUCGGGGGGCAGCCCCAGCCCACCCAAGUGCAAUUCGUCUGUGACAGACAGGAGGCAGCUGCUUCUCUCGUGACCUCAGCGGUAGGGCAGCAGAACGGCAGCGUGGUUCGCGUCUGCUCUAAUCCACCCUGUGAGACCCACGAGACAGGCACCACCAACACAGCCACCACCGCCACGUCCAACAUGGCCGGGCAGCACAGCUGCUCCAACCCGCCCUGCGAGACCCACGAGACCGGCACCACCAGCACCGCCACCACCGCCAUGUCCAGCAUUGGCGCCGGCCAGCAGCGAGAUGCCCGGCGUGCCUGCGUGGCCGGCACCACUCCCGCCGUGAUCCGGGUCAGUGUGGCUGCUGGGGCAUCAGAGGGAGCCCAGGGUUCCGUCAAGCCCUUGUGCCAAACCCGCCAGACCAGCGUGACCAGCACCACUAUGACUGUGAUGGCCACUGGAGCGGCCCCGUGCUCAGCUGGCCCGCUCCUUGGGCCGGGCCUGGCAGUGGAGGCCGGCAGCCGCAGCACCACAUUCGUGCAGCUGGCUCCUGUGAGUGGCCAGGUCAGACCCGGCGUCCCCGGAGGCAAGGACGGCCCCGUGGCUGGCCUGAGUCCGCUGGUGUCCAUGGGGCGCCAGCUGGAGGCCCAUCACACCCACACAACCAACACCCCCACCACGGUCCGUUCCGCCAUGGGUGCCGGGGAGCCCAGCGAGGCACGGGGGACCCCCACGCCCACAUAUGAGAGCUCACCUGGCACCACCGUGACUGUGACAGCCCUGGAGGCGCUGCUGUGCCCCUCGGCCACCGUAACCCAAGUCUGCUCCAACCCGCCCUGCGAGACCCACGAGACCGGCACCGCCACCACCGCCACUACCUCGAAUGAAAGCAGCACCCAGCGGGUCUGCUCCAACCCGCCCUGCGAGACCCACGAGACAGGCACCACCCACACACCCACCACAGCCACCUCCAGUGGGGGUGCAGGCCAGCCCGAGGGUGGGCAGCAGCCCCCUGCUGGCCGCCCCUGUGAGACACACCAGACCACUUCCACUGGUACCACCAUGUCAGUCAGUGUGGGUUCCCUGCUCCCCGAUACAGUUCCCUCCCACAGGACCCUAGAGUCCGGCUUGGAGGUGGCAGCACCGGCCACCGUCACCCCCCAGGCUGGUGCUUCGUUGCUGGCUCCUUUCCCGACACAGAGGGUCUGCUCCAACCCCCCCUGUGAGACGCACGAGACAGGCACCACACACACGGCCACCACCGUCACCUCCAACAUGAGCUCGAACCAAGAUCCCCCACCAGCUGCCAGUGACCAGGGAGAGGUGGAGAGCACCCAGGGUGACAGCGUGAACAUCACCAGCUCCAGUGCCGUUACAACGACCGUGUCCUCCACACUGACACGGGCUGUGACCACUGUGACACAGUCCACACCAGUCCCAGGCCCCUCGGUGCCGAAGAUCUCAUCAAUGACUGAGGCUACCCCAGGGGCUCUGACCACCGAAGUCCCCAUCCCGGCCACGAUAACAGUGACCAUAGCCAACACAGAAACUUCUGACAUGCCCUUCUCUGCUGUUGACAUCCUGCAGCCCCCAGAGGAACUCCAGGCCUCGCCAGGGCCUCGCCAGCAGCUGCCGCCACGGCAACUCCUGCAGCCCGCCUCCGCACCCCUGAUGGGGGAGUCCGCCGAGGUCCUGUCAGCCUCCCAGACCCCUGAGCUCCAAGCCGCCGUGGAUCUGAGCAGUACAGGGGACCCGUCUUCGGGGCAGGAGCCUGCCAGCUCAGCUGUGGUGGCCACUGUGGUGGUCCAGCCGCCCCCGCCCACACAGUCUGAAGUAGACCAGUUGUCCCUUCCCCAAGAGCUGAUGGCGGAGGCCCAGGCGGGCACCACCACCCUCAUGGUGACGGGGCUCACCCCUGAGGAGUUGGCGGUGACUGCGGCUGCCGAAGCGGCUGCCCAGGCCGCAGCCACGGAGGAGGCCCAGGCGCUGGCCAUCCAGGCGGUGCUCCAGGCCGCGCAGCAGGCCGUCAUGGCAGGCACCGGGGAGCCCAUGGACACGUCUGAGGCAGCAGCAGCUGUGACACAGGCGGAGCUGGGCCACCUGUCGGCUGAGGGCCAGGAGGGCCAGGCCACCACCAUCCCCAUCGUGCUGACGCAGCAGGAGCUGGCGGCCCUGGUGCAGCAGCAGCAGCAGCUGCAGGAGGCACAGGCCCAGCAGCAGCACCACCACCUCCCCACCGAGGCCCUGGCCCCUGCCGACAGCCUCAACGACCCGACCAUCGAGAGCAACUGCCUCAAUGAGCUGGCCGCGGCCGUCCCCAGCACCGUGGCCCUGCUGCCCUCCACAGCCACCGAGAGCCUGGCUCCAUCCAACACAUUUGUGGCCCCCCAGCCCGUGGUGGUAGCCAGCCCUGCAAAGCUGCAGGCUGCAGCUACCCUGACUGAAGUGGCCAAUGGCAUCGAGUCCCUGGGUGUGAAGCCAGACCUACCGCCCCCGCCCAGCAAAGCGCCUGUGAAGAAGGAGAACCAGUGGUUUGAUGUGGGGGUCAUUAAGGGUACCAAUGUAAUGGUGACACACUAUUUCCUGCCACCAGAUGAUACUGUCCCUUCUGAUGAUGACUCGGGCACCGUCCCUGACUACAACCAGCUGAAGAAGCAAGAGCUGCAGCCGGGCACAGCCUAUAAGUUCCGAGUUGCUGGGAUCAACGCCUGUGGCCGGGGGCCCUUCAGCGAGAUCUCAGCUUUUAAGACAUGUCUGCCUGGUUUCCCAGGGGCCCCCUGUGCCAUUAAAAUAAGCAAAAGUCCAGAUGGUGCUCACCUCACCUGGGAGCCGCCGUCUGUGACCUCUGGCAAGAUCAUCGAGUACUCGGUGUACCUGGCCAUCCAGAGCUCGCAGGCCGGUGGCGAGCCGAAGAGUUCCACCCCGGCCCAGCUGGCCUUCAUGCGGGUGUACUGUGGGCCCAGCCCCUCCUGCCUGGUGCAGUCCUCCAGCCUCUCCAACGCCCACAUCGACUACACCACCAAGCCCGCCAUCAUCUUCCGCAUUGCCGCCCGCAAUGAGAAGGGCUAUGGCCCGGCCACCCAAGUGAGGUGGUUGCAAGAAACCAGUAAAGACAGCUCUGGCGCCAAGCCAGCCAGCAAGCGGCCCAUGUCCUCUCCGGAAAUGAAAUCCGCUCCAAAGAAAUCUAAGGCAGAUGGUCAGUGAGAGGCAGCUCCCCUGCACCUGGAUUCUUCGCCAGACCCCCCCUUCUGCUUCAGGAACGCCGCCUGCCAGGGCCCACCCAUCCUACCCACCCGGCGCUCACACUUCACCCUCAGGAGCCCCUGGCCGCCACUCAUUCUCUGCCCUCUCUGGUUUUAAAA